AUGAUGUCCGCACAGUACUCAUCUGCAGGGGCGCCACUACAAUCCAGGGCAUCACGCCCUGCGUCUGCGCUGCGUACUGUAGCACAGCCGUUACAGGUCGCUACUAACACGCUUGGUACGCGCAAGCGUACCAAAGACAUGGCUUCGAUUUUCGACAAGCGAUCCGCGUCGAACAAUCGCGAAGCAACACGCCCUGUCGCACCACCACUUAAAUCGGCACAGGCUGCACGACGAGGACCUACGCCGUCUGACAUCCGACCCGCUCCACCCAUUUCUACGGCACAGGUGCAGCCAGUGCCACCGCCCGUCGGAGUAAACGGAGGACGACCUCAAACACGGUUCGAGCGUGAGAAGAAGCGCCACUACAAUGACCCGCCCCAUGUGGGUCCAUGGAAAUUGGGUAAGCUGAUCGGGCAAGGUGCAUCAGGCCGCGUUCGUCUCGCGAUACAUACGCGCACGCAGCAGCUAGCAGCCGUCAAGAUCAUUCCAAAGCAGAUGCUCAUCAAUAGCCGCAUGAGUCUGCGGGAUCUGAGCGCGAAACAAGACAAACUCACACUUGGCAUCGAGCGUGAAAUUGUGAUCAUGAAGCUCAUUGUGCACCCGAAUUUGCUAGGUUUGUGGGACGUGUAUGAAACGAGCAAAGAGCUUUUUCUUGUGAUGGAGUACGUCGCAGGAGGCGAGUUGUUCGACUAUCUCGUGGCGCGUGGCCGUCUUCAACCACAUGAGGCCCGGCAGUAUUUCCGGCAAAUUAUAUUUGGUGUGGAUUACUGCCACACCUUCAGUAUUUGCCACCGUGACUUGAAGCCUGAGAACUUGCUGCUCGAUGGCUCACGCAGCACGGUCAAGAUUGCAGAUUUUGGUAUGGCUGCGCUUCAGCCAACGGAGAAGAUGCUGGAAACGAGCUGCGGAAGCCCGCAUUACGCAAGUCCAGAGAUUGUAAGUGGUAUGACAUACGAUGGUACAGCGAGUGAUAUUUGGAGUUGCGGUAUUAUCCUAUUCGCUCUUUUGUGCGGCCGCCUUCCUUUUGACGAUCCCAACAUCCAAGUACUCUUGGGCAAGGUACGUUCUGGCAAGUUUGCCAUGCCAUCGCACCUGGAACCCUCCGUUCAAGACCUCAUUAGCCGUAUGCUUCAGGUGGACCCGAAGAAACGCGCCAGCAUGCAGGAGAUUUGCUCGCAUCCGUGGUUCACUGACAAUGGCCGACUUUCUUCCCAAAAUCCCGUCACAUCGGAAGUCGGCACCUUGUCGAAGGAACCCAUCCGGCUAGCAGAGAUCGACCCAGACAUUCUUGGCAACCUCAGUACAUUGUGGCCGGAACUUUCGCACGAGCAGAUUAUCCGAAGGCUUCUCCAGUCAGGACAGAACUGGCAAAAGACAUUUUAUACACUCCUUGUAAUCCACCGUGAUACGCACAGUUCUGACGACGAAGAAGAGGCAGAUGACCUCGACGAGGACGAACGGCUCCAGCUCAAGCAGGCCAGCGCACAAGCACCUCCGCUCGUCACCACGGCUCCAUCGAGCGCGGAAUCGCAGCCCAUCUCACCCCGCGUAGCGCCACCCAUCGUUCCAGCAUCUAUGGGAACGCCAUUAACGCAGGCUGUACAAGACCCUAUUGAACAUCGCCAGGUCAGUGUGUUACAUGAGGGUCUCGAUGAGCGUGAGCCUGCGCCUGUAGUCACGCCCGUGGGACCGCCAGCGGCCGCUCAGCUUACCUCAACACCACCUCGCACUGCGCCUGGUCGUACAGCUGGUAGGAUGGACUCAUCAAGUAAUUCGACGUUGAAGAGCAUGUCAGUGGAUGAGGAUUACAGCUCCAAGGAUACUGCUCAGGCGCCAGCCAGCAAUGCAGCUUCUGUAUGGCUCAUCGAGCAAGUGCGUGCUGAGCAUGCACGGUCAGAGCAACUCAAGAACGAACAGCUCGAGGCAGAGAAGCGUCGGAUGGAGCAACUCAAGGCUGAGCGCAUAAUGACUGAGCAGCGCAGAAUUGAGCAGGCAAGGGCUGAACAAGCAAGGGCUGAACAAGCAAAGAUCGAACAAGCCAAGGCUGAGCAAGCAAAGAUCGAACAAGCCAAGGCUGAGCAAGCAAAGAUCGAACAAGCCAAGGCUGAGCAGCUCAAGGCCGAACAAGCAAAGAUCGAGCAAGCUAGAGUCGAGCAAGCUAAAGUCGAGCAAGCAAGGGCUGAGCAAGCAAAGAUCGAACAAGUCAAGGCUGAGCAGCUCAAGGCCGAACAAGCAAAGAUCGAGCAAGUAAGGGCUGAGCAGCUCAAGGCCGAGCAAGACAAGGCUGUAAGGCUUAAGGAACAAGUCCGGAUAGAGCAAGCCAAGACAGAACAGCUCAAAGUCCAACGAGCAAAGGCCGAACAGACAAAGACUGAGCAACUCAAAGCCGAGCAGAUUCGCCUUGAAAGGGCUCGUGCGGAGCAAGCUCGUGAAGUGGCUGAGUCUAAGCAGAUGCCAUCGCGUGAAGAUGCAUCGGGCCGACGUUUGUCGUCCCUGUUCACGACACUGACUGGACGCAAGCCCUCGUUUGCAUCGAUCAGACAAGCGUCAGGCAGUUCUUCGCGAAGCUCGAUGGAUGUCCGUCCUGCGCCACCUGUGAUGGAAUCGACGACCAUCCGUCCAUCGACGAAGGCAUCUACUCUUGCGUUUGGCGCAUCGCUGCCACGCAAGCCUGUGCCUUCGACUGAGGUGCCCAAGAUGCCCCGUGUAUCUGAACAGGUUGUGGAGCCUGAAACAAAUAAGCCGGUGGUGCAGGCUGCGAGCACGAUUCGACCCACUCAAAAGGAGCCAGUGUCACAGGCCGCUCCGCCCGAUGCUGCUGCAUGGAAACAGCGUCUGCCUUCUUUGUCACAACCAGCGCGUUCUGUAUCGCAAAAUGGUCGUGAUGAUAGCACCGGUGAAGAUUCAUUAAUGCGCAUGUUUAUGCGUGAGAUUGCUGAUGAACUCGACUCGCUCGAUGCUAUGAGCACGUCGAUGGCCAUGCCGAUGCCCACAUCGCAGGCGCCGCCAGCUCAGGCAGCGCAGCCGGCGAAAUUAGCGCAGCCGGCGAAAUCGCAGCCGGCGCCUUCCAUGUCAUUAUCGUCUGACUCUGAGCCUGAUGCAUCUGUACAGAGCGCGAAUCGCUAUGACGAUGCGAAUGAAGACUCUUUGCUUGUUGCAAGCCACGAGCCAUCUCUGCCUGACACCCAAGCGGGUGCGUCUAAGCGUAUCCAGACGCCCGUGUAUGCGGCCUUUGCACGGCAUGCCAAGAAUCAAAAUCCAGCACCCACGACACGCGCGCCGCUCCGACCGCGACAGAGCGAAGGCCGAGCUCAGGUGCCGGGCAUGCCCCAGGUUCGGCAACCCCAAGGCGCUCGCGAUAUCCCACCGCCGGGCGAGCUCAAGUCGCCACGCAUGUCGCAGACACUCGACAGCCCUCCGGCCAGUCCUCAUAUGCGUCCUGGUGCUGCGAUGCCUUCAAGCAAGCAGCCACCGGUCGGACAGCGCAUGCCCACGAGGCCGCCGACAGCAUCGCCGCCACUGCCCCAGAGCCCGCAUCCUGCCAUGUCUGUACGUCCAGUAUCGCCCCUGCCGACGUCGCCCAAGCCGAAUUUGUCCGUGGGCAUGGGUCGUCCAUCGAGCCCGACUAUGCCGAGCAGGGUACCUUUGUCGAAUCCUGCCGUGUCUGCCGGCCGACCCACCAGCCCGACCAUGCCGAGCAGGGUGCCCAUGUCGAGCCCUGUGACGCCCGCAAGCCGACCAACCAGCCCGAGCAUGCCGAGCAGGGUGCCCGUGUCGAGCCCUAUGGCGUCCGCAAGCCGACCAUCCCAGCCUGGUCCCUCGUCGCCAGGCCGAUCACAAAGUCCGAUGGCAUCGCCCGGACGCCCAACCAGUCCGACGACGUCAGCUUCCCGACCCAAAACUAUGCCACCUCCGCAACAGCCAUCAAGUCCGCUUGGCAGCCCACGGCGACCCCAGAGUCCAUUUGACUUGGCCAGUCGCAGCUCGUCGGUGGCGUCGCCCAAGCCAUCAGGUCGCACGGUGUCAUCUGGCACAGGCAGCAGUAAUUGGACAGUGCGCACGCGCCGGAGCUUUAUGGGCGCACUGCGUGGCCAUGAUGACGAGCCCAAGGGCCUCGGCCUGGACAUUAUUGGCGUUGACUCCGACGCCCCACAUGUGCCUCAGCGGCCCACGUCGCCGAUGGGUGGCGAUGCGCAGUCGAUUGGUGCGCGGCAGUCAUGGUUCCAUGGCCUUUUACCCAGGCGCCAGAUGCACGUCCUGAUGUCUGUCGAAAACCUCACACUUACGAUGAAAGAAUGUGAUGCUCUGCUGGCCCAAUUGGGCGCAACGCCCACGGCCAUGUCGCGGGCGCAGAUGAGCUAUCCACUCACGCAGCAGGGCCCAAAGCAGUACCUGCUCGAGAAGUUGUUUGACCCCAAGAUGGGUCAAACUGCGCAGACAUGCAAACCAAUGCGCUUCCGCGUCGAGUACACUAUUUUGCCCGUGCGCUCGCAGAGAGGAGGCCGUAAUGUGACUCCGACGUCGCCGGGCAUGCCAGGCUUUGAUCCACGCUCCAACCGCCCCAUGUCGCCCGUGCUGGGGGGUGGACCAUCGACGUUAACGCCAUCCUUCGCGACUAGUGUGACAUUGACACACGAAAAGGGCUCGCUCGCAACGUUCCGCCUAUUCAUGGACAGGCUGCGCCGCAACUGGGAUUUGGAUACGUGCGAGAAAGAAUAA